UUCGCGGCGACCACCCAGCCCGCGGGACGUGGGACCGAUUUUCAACCUCAAAUAACGCUUAAACGCCUUAAAAUAUUAGUUUAAUAAACCAAAAUACCAAUUAAAUAUAUCCACCAUUACAUUCAUCGACAAAUGAUCUCAAAAAAACGUAAUGUUACACAAAUAACAGUGCAAAACAACCUUAAAAGUGUAAAACGUGACAUGACAUAGUGAAAAACCAAUGAAAAUUCCGUAGACACUUCGCUAACACGCUUACAAUUUAGAAAAUGGGUGAUUAAGAAGAAAAACUACGUAUAACCUCAAUUUAAAUUAAGUGAAGGUGACAGUUUUUAAAUGAAGUGUUUAUGAAUAAAUUCGGAAACGUGAAAAUAAUAUACAAUGGUAGAUUUAUCCACGCCGGGUUAAUGUGUAGAUUAUGGGCAUAAUCAACAAAAUGCUUAUUUCCAAAAGUUUUAUUUUAAAGAGAUAUUGGCUGAAGUGGUGUUGGCGUAAACGCUGGUAUAGUAGAAAAAAUUAACACCAAAUAUUAGUGAGAAUAAAUAAGGUUUUUUAUGGUGUCGCGAGAGAUCAUUAGGUUAUUUAUGUGUACGGUUUGAUUUAUAAAAUAUUCAAGAUGAAUUCUUUUAACGCACCCACAACACAGAUCAAUGCGAUCGACAAAAUGACAACUGUUAAAUGUAAAUCGGUCGAUUUAGAAGGAUAUGUUAUUAUAGUUGUUCAAACCAAGGAUAAUAAAAUUAAAUUAUAUGGAUCCCCUUCAGCUGGAAACUGGGAAAAUUUGGAGUUGGCGGAUGAAAUCAUGGACGUGAACGAAACAAGACUUGAGGAUAUGACUCGUACUGAGGUCCUCAGUCACAUACACGAGUGCAUAUCGUCGUGUGUGAUCAAACUGCGAGUGAAGAGACGGAGCGAAACAAAACUACUAUCAGAUAUCGGGCACAACAUAAUUCAAGAUGCGUUCCUCAUCGCGGUCGAAGAACAGGCGAGGCAGCGCUUGCAGCGGCUGUCAGCGCUCAAACGGAUCACUCCAGUCGACAUGUCCAAGUUAUCUGUAGAGUUAAAUAAAAGAAAACGAACACAGCCAGAGAAUCGCCAAGAACUGAACGGAUACAUCGCCAACUCCACAGUAUACGUCACGUCCAUUAACGAAAACGGAGCUAUUGAGAGCAAGCCGACAAUAUCGUCACCAAAAUCUCAACCUAAAUCACUACAAGCCAAACCGGCUCCAAUCAUAGCCAACGGUAUUCAAAUAGAUAAGAAAAAAGAGGCAGAAGUCGUAGAAAUAACAGUAGAACAAGAGAAACACGAAAAGGAUUCGAGUGAAAAAAGUGUUAAAGUCGUUGUCGAAAGUGAAGUGAAGGAAAGUGAAGUGACAAGUGAUAAAAGUGAAGCGUACAAUGUUGUAAGGGAGCAACUAAACAACGGUAGAUGUGAGAAGUUACUGGGCGAGCAGCCCGACCACAGGAUCCGGGCGACGGCUGUCGUUGAGAAUAAUAAAUUAGGACCCGGCGAAAAAGGACCCCGCAGGCGGUCGGGCUCCAGUAUCGUGGUACUCGGCGCUGAAGAGGAGAAACGCCCGCCACCGGAUGACGAGGCCGACAUGCUCACUAUGCUGUCACUCACAGACACCGGCCCACAUCGCGAAAUGGCGGUGGACGUCCCGGACAGCUUCAUCGCGAGGAACAAGACACCACCCCGGUACCCGCCCCCUCGGCCUCCUCAGGUACGCCUCCGGACAAGGGAUGACGAACCUCUUCUAUCCUCCGGGGGUUCUGGGACAUCUUUUGGGAGUAAACAGAGCACCGUACUUCAAAGCAAUAUAGACAUCUCCGGGCCCAGCUCUGACGGGUCAGGCAGUUUCAAAAACAACAGCACCAUGGAACUGCUUUCCUUACCCCAGAGCUCAGACGGUUCCGGAGUAAGUUUCGGCAGCAAGAAAAGUAAGGGUUCAUCAGAAACAGCGAAGUGCGAUUUGACGUCAGAAAGAUCGGAAUCCGUGGCGUCGAACGUGACUCAAAAUUUGAGCGAUCAUAAAAUACAACUGUUGAUCUCUAAUGGAGAGGAUUCUUUGCUAGACUGCAGGGUGGGCGUGGCUUACUCUGCGAGAACUGAUUCCGUACUCAUCAGAGAGGCGGUGUACGCUUCUUAUAACCUGCCUCCUGGUUUUGACACGACGCCUGUACUGCUUGGGAGGGAGGUGGCGGUCGACGUGCCUGACAGUUUUGUGCAAAUCGUCAAAAGUACACCCAAGUAUCCCGGUACCGCGGACAAAAAGUAUCCGCUGCAGCAGGUGAACGGCACAGCAAAGGGAGCGCCAGCGGUGCCGCCGCGCGAGGCCCCCCGAGAUGCGCCACCGCGGCCCCCAGCACACGACAUCACGAGGGACCAGAUCGACUCCAUCAAAAAAUAUCAGGAACAACUCCGCCAGCGGAAGGAAGCUGAGGAACGAAUUGCGGCGCAAAACGAAUUCUUGAGAAAUUCGCUACGCGGCUCUCACAAGCUACAAGCGUUAGAGUCCAACCCACCAUCCAGCACAGCCUUCGUCAACGAUGCAUACGAAGAAGAUGCAAGUGACGAGGCUGCACAGCUGUAUGCUAUUGUUGAUUAUCAAGAAGUAUGCGCAGCGCUGUCGAGGGUACAAAAAGCGCUUAGUUCGAGCGGUGAAAGCGCUCUUGCUGCUCGGGUAGCUGGAGCGGCUGGCGUGCUACUGUGUCCCGCGCUUCGGACGGCAUUAGCGACGAGGUCGGCUGUUCUUACUGCAGUGAGGCAUAAACGAACCGGCCUCUCGCCUCCACAGACACAUCGAGCCACUGAUCGAUUAAAAGAUUGUAUAGAUGUACUAGGAUCGCAUACGGCGUCAGGAGGCGAGACGUCGGCGUUAGCAGCGGAACUGCUCUCAAUACUGGGAGGCUUGGAGUUGGAGAGCUUGAUACAAGCGCACGACCAGGCCGCUGCGUUGUUGGACCCGUCCUGCUUCACGAGAGGGAAGAGAAAUAAGACUGGCUUCAAUAACUUCAAGGGCGAUGACAAGUAUUUGCCGCACUCGCCUGACGAUACCAGCGAAAAUAUCAAAAUUAUUAAAAUUGAGAAAACUAAUGAACCACUUGGUGCUACGGUGAGAAACGAGGGAGAGGCGGUCAUUAUCGGUAGGAUAGUGAGAGGUGGAGCGGCGGAGAAGUCAGGACUUCUUCAUGAAGGAGACGAGCUGCUGGAGGUGAACGGCGUGAGCAUGCGCGGCAAGUCGGUGCACGAGGUGUGCCAGGUGCUGGGCGGGCUGGCGGGCACGCUGAGCGUGGUGCUGGCGCCGCGCGCGCGGCCGCGCCCGCCGCCCGCGCACCGCGUGCUGCACGUGCGCGCGCACUUCGACUACGACCCCGAGGACGACGUCUACAUCCCCUGCCGCGAGCUCGGCAUAAGUUUUCAAAAGGGCGACGUGCUGCACGUGAUCAGCCGAGAGGACCCGAACUGGUGGCAGGCCUUCCGGGAGGGGGAGGAGGACCAGAGCCUCGCCGGGCUGAUACCUAGUCAAGCUUUCCAGCAUCAACGCGAGUCCAUGAAGCAGUCGCUGGCGGGCGAGGCGGGCGAGGCGGAGGCGCGGCGCGCGCGCAAGGGCGCCACGCUGCUGUGCGCCGGCCGCGCGCGCCGCCGCAAGCCGCGCAAGCCCACCAGCGAGGCCGGCUACCCGCUGUACGCCGCCGCCGGCGCCGACGAGUACGAACAGGAGGAGAUUCUUACGUACGAGGAGGUGGCGUUGUACUACCCGCGCGCCUCUCACAAGAGGCCCAUCGUGCUCAUCGGCCCCCCCAACAUCGGGCGACACGAGCUGCGCCAGAGGCUCAUGGAGGACAGCAGUCGGUUCGCAGCGGCCGUUCCUCACACGUCCCGCACUCGCAAGGACCACGAGGCGGCCGGCCAGGACUACCACUUCAUAUCGCGGGCGCAGUUCGAGGCGGACAUACUCAACAGGAAAUUCGUGGAACACGGCGAAUACGAAAAGGCUUACUAUGGUACAUCUCUAGAAGCGAUAAGGGAGGUCGUCAAUUCUGGAAAGAUUUGUGUUCUAAACCUUCACCCGCAGUCGCUGAAGAUCCUUCGUAACUCAGACUUAAAACCGUACACCGUGUUCGUGGCUCCGCCGAGCUUGGAGAAGCUGCGGCAGAAGAAGAUCAGGAACGCAGAGGCUUUUAAGGAAGAAGAACUGAAGGAGAUUAUAGCGACGGCGAGAGACAUGGAGCUGAGAUGGGGCCAUUUAUUCGACAUGAUCAUCAUCAACAACGACACGCAGCGUGCCUACCAGCAGCUGCUGAACGAAAUAAACAGCUUAGAACGUGAACCGCAAUGGGUACCCGCGCACUGGCUCAAACAGACCUAGCGGGAAAUUCUCCAAGUUGCAUCCUUAGCAGCUAAAAGACUGAAUCGAGUCGAAAUUAAUCAAGAAAACCUUCGAUCUAAUAUGAAAUUAACGGAUAAAGUCGAAAGCGAUGUGAUAUACAAAAUGGCGGGCGUUGAAGGUAACAAGAUGGCGACGUUUGGCGCCAAAAUUAUGUUACUGUUCACGCAAAUGGUUUUACAUUUGCUAUUUUACUUUUUAAACGCCUGCGAUAAAAAGAUGAACUUUAAUUUGAAAUCUGUGAGAAAUGAAAAAAAAAAUGAAAACGGUAUUAAUAAUUGUAAUGCAAUCGUGUUAAAUCGUGGAGCUGUAGACAGAAGUAUAGAAUUUAGAAAUGUGUUCUCAAAUGUAAAAGGUUUUAAAGAAGUUUAUAAAAAGAGAUCGGCUACAUAAUAUUAGUUGAAAGAUUUAUUUAUUAAAAUAAAACGGAUGUUUUUUCUUUUGUUUACGAAAAAUCUCUUUCGUAAUAAGCACAUUCCUUUAUGUUAAAUAUGAUGAAUAUUAUUCAUAAUUAUUAUAUUUUAUUCUUAAAAUGUGCAUAUUUCAAAACAGGAGACCAAAUUUUAUUUUUAGAAUACAGACAUUUUAAUUCGGACUACAUAAUCAAAUAUAUAUUUAGGUAUAUGUUAAACCUUUAAUAUUCAUGCAAUUUUAUUAAAAAAUAUAUAACGGUUUAAUAAUCACAAUUAAUGAAUUAAAUAUAUUAAUAUAUUUAAAAUUUUCAAAACUCAUAACAUAUAUUAUAAAUAAUAAAGAAAAUUUGCCAAAAUAUACGAACAUAUAAUUAAAAAAUAGAUAAUUGUGUAAUAUGAUAAAGUUUUUUAUUACAGAUACAUUAUUUGGAAUUAACAGUAUAUUAUGUAACAAUAAUUAACUAAUUCAAUUUUACAUCAAUUUUAAAAUCAAAGAAAGUUUAUAAUAAUAUUGUAACCUACACAUAAAAUAUAUAAAACGAUAAAUUAAAUAUCUCUGCUUUAUAUAGUAAGUAUACAUUUUUGUCUGAAUUCGUUACACUAUAUUUCAUUUCCAAAACCAUAUUUUUAAUAUGUUAAUAUAAUACUAAUGCAAAGGAAUUUAUAUUUUGCAAUUAUAUUACAUAAGUAUUUGGAUAAGUACUAAAUAACUACGAAGAAUAACGUCAAAAUUAUUCUCUAUUGCCAAAUUUGUACCGUAGUUAUAAAAAAAAAUAGGAAUUUUUCAAAAGUUUUUCCCGUAGCUAGCCUCGUCGAAAAUUUCUUAAAACGACGAUAGGAAUUUUAAUCUAUUAAAAUGAAACAAGUUAUCUAAAAAACAGUUUAAAUAGUUUGUAGACAAAGCAAUAUUUAAAACCCGUAUCACCUUUACUAUGACAUAUCUAAUUUUUAUAAUAUUCCUAUUAAAAGCAAAUGUUUUUUGCCAAACUAAAUCUCAAUUUUGUCAAAUUUACGAUUUUAAUAUACCUUUAGAAACAUAAUAUUCAUCGAAAGUUAUCCGCUUCUUGGUGAGGAAAUUAUUUACCCAAUUCAAUGUACUUUUUGUGACAUGGCAGCAUUUUUUGAAUUGUUAUUCAUGAGACUAAGACAAUACCGGAAAAUAAUAACCUAGAAAACCUACAAUGAAAUCUUAUUUCAAUAUUUAAAUAAUGUUGCCAAAUUUCAAAAAAAGAGUGUUCAGAUAAUAAUUAAUUUUUCAUCGAAACCCAAAGUUUUAAAACUAGCAUGCAUUACAAAUUAGUCUCUAUAUUUACCUUUACAUAUAAGUAGAUAGCAUUGUGCAUUCCAAAUGAUUUAGUGCCAAAUACAUUAAAUAAAACGCCCAUAAGAAGUGGUGUCACUAUCAAUUCUUUUUAAUAAUCACAAUUGUUUAAUAAAAUAAUCUUUUAUAUGUACCUUUAUAACCUAUGUUAAACGAUUCAUUAUAAUGUGUGCUGAUUUUGAAGUAUCGUGUUGUAAAAUUUUUUAUUCGGGAAGAAUAUUCGUAUUGUAAUUUGUUUGAAUAUAAUUAUAAUUAUGUAACCUGUGGAGGUGCUAAAAUAUGUAAACUUGUUUUGUUCUGUCAUAUUACGUGUGUCUAAGUUCGUGGUAUAUUCGUGUUUGAGAAAUGUUUGAUUAUAGCAAUAUUAUUAUUGUUUCGUUGUUGCGUUUGCAAUGAAGAAUAAUCGAACGUUUUUCACCCACGCUAACAGUUGAAUGUGGAUUUGUCGAAACUUCAAAGUAUUGAUAUUAUUAUAUAAUUUAUAAAUAGUCCUGUAAAUAAAAUAUAUUGACAACGUAGCAAUGAAAUAUUAUAAAUACCAUGUUAAUAGUGAACAAUUUAAUGUAAAUAAUAGAGUACCUAUUAAAUUUAAUAUCAGAUACAAA